AAAAAAAAAGCAGCAAAAGGCCAACCAAAAAUGGGUAAUGAAGGAGAAGUAGGCAGUAGAGAUGGGAUGAGGAUAAUCUAACACAUCAAUAUCCCCGUCAUCUCAAUUCUCAAACCCAACAAAAUAUUUUAAAUCUCGAUAAUGACAAUGCCAUUCCCCAUCGUUUAAUCCACAUCUAUCUAUCUUUCCCCCAUAUCAUUCCAUCAAUUAUAAAUAUAUAUAUAUAUCUUCCUGUUUGUCAAUCAAUCUGUUGACUUUAUUAUUGGGUUUUCUUUAUUUCACCAAAAAGAUUCAAUCUUGAUAGGUUUCACAUAAUGGGCAGUGCUUCAUCUACUCUAACUCAAUAUGACAUUGAAGAUGUUCAACAACACUGUAAUUAUCUUUUUUCCCAACAAGAGAUAGUUUCUUUGUAUCAAAGAUUUUGCCAACUUGAUCGUACUGCUAAAGGUUUUAUAUCUGCGGAUGAGUUCCUAUCCGUACCCGAGUUUUCGAUGAAUCCAUUGUCCCAGAGAUUGCUGAAGAUGGUGGAUGGUUUGAACUUUAAAGAUUUUGUGAUUUUUUUGUCUGCUUUUAAUCCUAAAGCAACUAUGCCUCAGAAGAUUGAACUUAUCUUCAAAGUAUAUGAUUCGGAUUAUAACGGGAAGGUGACUUUCAAUGACAUAAUGGAGGUGUUGCGGGAUUUAAGUGGCUCAUUCAUGUCAGACAAGCAACGAGAGGAAGUAUUGAUCAAAGUUAUGCAGGAAGCUGGCUACAAUAAAGAUUCUUCUCUGUUGUUGGGUGACUUUGUUAAGAUUCUUGACCAUCCUGGAUUGAAGAUGGAUGUUGAGAUCCCAGUUGACUAAGCCGAAUUUAAAAGCAUAAAAACUGACCAUUUCACCAUUGUAUACGCACCUCCACAACUAUAUUCAGCACCCCUGAAGCAGCUACAGUUGUCAAUAAGGAAAAGCUAUGUGCAUAAAUAAGAUCAGAAUGUGCAUAAAACUCCAGUUUAUAUGUAAAUUGGUGAUAAUGAAAUCGGAAGUUUUAUGGUUUGUCUA